GCUUAUAUGAAAGUGUCAGGUGUUUAAAGGAAUGGGAGAAGACAAGGAAGAUCUCAACUUCAGCGCGCAGAAAAUGCGUAGAGAAGCCAAGAGGGUGGCCUGUGCGCCUGGAGGGAACCCAGAGGUCACUAUUCUGCGCAUUCCCCUUCGGGUUAACAUUCCUCCUCGGGAGAGACUCCACGGCCCUCGUGGGCUCCUCCCGCGCGGCCUGGAUCCUUCUUUGCCCCCAAAGGCGCUUCAGGAAACGAGCGGCGCCUCUGAUUGGGCGGCUGGGGCGUCCCAGGGGGCCCUUGGCGGACAUAUAAUGGACGGAGCGGGCGGAGAGUGACAGCCGCCCCCGGACAGGAAGGAAGGAAGGAAGGAAGGAAGGAAGGAAGGAAGGAAGGAAGGAAGGAAGGAAGGAAGGAAGGAAGGAAGGAAGGAAGGAAGGAAGGAGCCUGCUCGGGACCCGCCCCCUCCUCCUCUUCCUCCUCCUCGCCGGGAGACCCCCGAAAGCAGCAGCAGCAGAAGAAGAAGAGGAGGGGGAGGAAGAAGAAGAAGGCAGAUCCUGGCGGGGAAGGGAAGAGCAGACCCUCCCCCCACAACCACAACAACAACAAGAACCAUUCGGAUCGUCCAGGAAAGUCGGAGAAGCGCAACUGCGGCUCCGAGGAGGGAAGGAAGAAGGAAAGAAAGGGAGGAAGACGCCAAGACGCAUCUCCGGAGAGACGAGAGAGCUUGGCGAUCCCUGGACACAGAGAUCCACAAAGACUGGAGAGGAAGAGGAGGAGGAGGAGGAGGAGGCGAAAGGGAGCUUCCAGAGCCCACAGAGCUGCGCUGAGAUCUUUCCGGCUCACGUCUGAUUAUUAUUAUGAUUGAGCCUUACGUCUGAAGUCUUCCUUGAGACAUCUUUUCAACACAUGGCUCCUCUCACCCUUCUCUUCUGCAGGCUACACAUCUCCAGGUCUUCAACCCGCUUGUCCUAGGGCCCUUUUGGGACCCUUCUCUCCUCCAUUUGGGACGCUUCUCUCUCCUUGGGACUACAAAGCCCACCAUCCAAGUCUAGGCCACUUCUCUGUCUCUCUUUUGACACCACAGUGGAGCCGACAGAGCUACGCUGAGAUCUUUCUGGCGCACGUCUGCUUGUUGAGCCGCGCGUCUGAGCUAUUUCUUUUUUUCUCCCGCACGUCAUUUUCCUGGUGCGAAGUGAUUGUUUUUGGCACACGUCGAACUUAAUUGUGAGCACGUCUAUUUGUAUUUUUUUAGGGGGAAAGGGAGGGGGGGUAGGUCUACUUUGGUAUUAUUAUUAUUAUUAUUAUUAUUAUAUUAUUAUUAUUAUUUUAUGACACAGUAAACAAGAUAGAUAUGCUGGAUUUCGUAUCACAAACUCACAAGUCGAACACUUCCCAAGUGUCUAGGACUGUGUGACUGUGUUGUUGUUGUUGUUCUUAUUCUUCUUAUUAUUAUUCUGAAGCGCACGUCUGAUUAUUGACACCCCAAGCGCGUGCCUAACUUUCUUUUGCGCUCGUCUGGACUUUCCUGCCAAAAGCGCUUCGGAGGCCGGCCUGAUGAGUUUCCUCUGAGUCCUCCGGAGAGAGGACUCUCCGUCUUUCUCCUUCGGGGAGCCUCGGGUGAGCUUCGGAGGCGAUGGCGGAGCUGAAGGCGCUGGGCGGGGAGUCCUACCUGGCCCUGGCGCAGAGCUACCACCCGGCGGCCUUCGCCUACUCGGCGCUGCGGGGCUCCUCCGUGGUGGGCGUGGGCGGCGGCGUGGCCCCGGAGGCGCUCCCCGCGCGGCUCUUCCCGCCCUUCCCGGGCCCCGCGACGGAGAGCAGCGGCGAGCAGAGCGGCGAGGAGGAGGAGGAGGCGGCCGCGGCGGGAGGAAGCAGCCCCGGGACGGGGUUCGAGCCCCGCGGCGGCGCCGGCAGAGACCGCGGCGGAGGCCGAGAGGAGGCGCGCCCGUCGGGGGCCAAGAAGCCCAAGGAGCCGCGCUCGCUGCGCCUGAGCAUCAACGCGCGGGAGCGGCGGCGGAUGCACGACCUGAACGACGCGCUGGACGGGCUCCGCUCCGUCAUCCCCUACGCGCACAGCCCGUCCGUGAGGAAGCUCUCCAAGAUCGCCACGCUGCUCCUGGCCAAGAACUACAUCCUGAUGCAGGCCCAGGCCCUGGAGGAGAUGCGCCGCCUCGUGGCCUACCUCAACCAGGGGGGCCCGGCGCCCGCCCUCGCCGCCCCCUUCGCCCAGCCCGCCGCCCUCUACCCCUUCGCCCAGCCCCCCGCCCCCGGACCCCUGCCCCCCGCCGCCCCCGCCGCCCCCCACAAGUGCGCCUUCCCCGCCGCCCCCGCCCUCUGCAAACACUGCAGCCAGAAGCCCUGACCCCGGACCACAUCGGACCACCCCGCCACGCCGACUGGCAUCAUCUGCACAAACGACUCUUCCGUUGCCUCCUCUUCUUUAUUACCUCCUCGCGCACCCAGCCACCCAGUCAGGCUCAUUCUACUUCUCUCCUCGCUGCACAUCUUUGGCCGUCUCUGCACUGACCACUGCUUGCCUCUUCCUUGUUUAUUUACCUCCUUCUCUUGCACCCACCCACUCAUUCAGGUUCAUUCUACUUCUCAUUGCACAUCUUUGUCCCCUUCCACAGUGACCUUUGAUUGCCUCCUCUUCCUUGUUUGUUUACUUCCUUCUCGCGGACGUACCCACUCAUUCAGAUUCAUUCCACUUCUCUCCUCGUUGCACAUCUUUGUCCCCCUCUACACUGACCACUGCUUGCCUCCGCUUCUACCUCUCUUCUUCCUUGUUUGUUUACCUCCUUCUCUUGCACCCACCCACCCACACAUUCAGGUUCAUUCUACUUCUCAUUGCACAUCUUCGGCUCCCUCUACACUGACCUUUGAUUGCCUCUUGUUUGUUUAACACCUUCUCUCGCACCCAGGAACUCAUUCCAAUUCACUCUACUUCUCUCCUCAUUGCACAUCUUUCCCCACCCCCCUCUACACUGACCAUUGAAUGCUGUUCGAAGCCAACUUCCAACUAGCAGUCAGGCAACAGGGGCUGGAUCUAUACUGCCAUACAGCGCAGUUUGAAUGACCAGGUAUGGACCAACUUCGGCCUUCUCUCCAGGUGUUUUGGACUUCAACUCCCACAAUUCCUAACAGCCUCAGGCCCCUUCCUUUUUCCCCUCAGCCACCUCGGAAAAGCUCCCCAUAUUGCCUGUAAUCUCCAGAACCGACCCCCUGUUGCCUCCUCUUAUUUAUUUACCACCUUGCGCACCCACCCACUCAUACAGAUUCAUUCUACUUCUCUACUCAUUGCACAUCUCUCGCCUCCUCUGCACUGACCAUUGAUUGCCUCUACCUUGUUUAUUUAUUUACCUCCUUCUCUUGAACCCAGCCACUCAUUCAGGUUCAUUCUACUUCUCGUUGCACAUCUUCGGCCCCCUCUACACUGACCAUUGAUUCCUUCCUCUUCUUCGUUUGUUUACCUCCUUCUCUCACACCCACCCACCCAUUCUGAUUCAUUCUACUUCUCUUCCCAUUGUACAUCUUUGGCUCCCUCUACACUGACCAUUGAAUGCUGUUCGAAACCAACUUCCAACUAGCUGUGGGACAACUGGGGCUGGAUCUAUACUACCAUACAGUGCAGUUUGGACUGCACAUAUGGUCAGUGUAGACCAAGCAUGUCGGGGCCCCUGGUGGCACAGUGCGUUAAAGCGCUGAGCUGCUGAACUUGCGGACCAAAAGGUGCCAGGUUCAAAUCCCGGGAGCAGAAUGAGUGCCUGCUGUUAGCCCCAGCUCCUGCCAACCUAGCAGUUCGAAAAUAUGCAAAUGUGAGUAGAUCAAUAGGUACCACUCCAGCAGGAAGGUAACGGCGCUCCAUGCAGUAAUGCUGGCCACAUGAUUUUGGAGGUUUCUACGGACAACGCCAGCAUUUCAGCUUAGAAAUGGAGAUGAGCACCAACCCCCAGAGUCAGUCACAACUGGACUUAAAGUCAGGGGAAAACCUUUACCUUUAUCUUUAGACCAAGCAUGGGCAAACUUCAGCCCUCUAGGUGUUUUGGGCUUCAGCAGCAGACGGGCAAAAGGAAAGGGCCUGAAGCUGUUAGGAAUUGUGGAAAUCCAAAAUGCCUGGAGGUCCAAACCUGGCAUAGACUCAUACUAUGGAGUGUUGCUGGGGUUUUUUUUUUUUUUUUGGGGGGGGGGGGGGCUUGAAGGCCAUGUUCCCAUAGCAUUCUCUCCUGGUGUUUCACCUGCAUCUGUGGCAGGUGGUUUAUUUAUUUAUUUAUUUGCCAUGUGUGUGUCCCGCCUUUCUUAACCCCAAAGGGGACUCAAGGCGGCCUUACAAAGGCAACAAUUCAGUGCUGCAGGUAUACAUCAAUGAAUAAACAAAAAUAUUAAAACCAUUAAAAACAUUAGAGGCUUGCUCAGAGAUCAUAAACCACAGAAGAUGCCGGCCACAGGUACAGCAGGAGAGAUGGUUACUGGAAUGUAGCCUUACAGCCCCAAAAACUCACAGCAACCCAGUGAUUCUGGCCAUGAAAGCCUUCAACCAUACAAUGCAAUUCGAUGCAAUUCAAUAACUUCCAACUGUGACAGCUGGGCAACUGGGGCUGGAUAUAUACUACCAUAUAGUGUAUAUAGUCUCCUUGUGGAGAUAAAAAAGCAUAAUAAUAAUAAAGAUGAUGAUGAUGAUGAUGAUGAUGUCACUGUCAACCCAUAUAAUGCUGUUCAAACUGCAUCCAGUGGUGGUGUAGAUCCAGCCAACUCCCACAAAAGCAUGCUAAAGAAAUCCAUUAAUGGGGUGUUAUGUGGUUUCCAGGCUAAAUACCCUUGUUCUAGUGACAUUUUCUCCUAGAUCUGAAGAUGCCAGCCACAGAUGCAGGCAAAACGUCAGCCAUCUAGCCUGGAAAUCACACAACACUCCAGUGAUCCCGGCCAUGAAAGCUUUCAACAAUACUUAAUGUGCACCUGUGGUUUGUGUCAACACCAUCCAGGCCUCAAACUGGUCCCAGUAUUUCCUGUAUAAUCAUCUGCUUCAAUACUAGUUUGAAAUUGCAUUACAUGGUCAGUGUCGAGGGGGCCUAAGCUUCAUGACACUUCUGUUCCCCCCCAUCCCCUUCUGUAUCCCCUCCUUGUCGAUUUAUUUAUUCAUUUAUUUAUUUAAAUGAGCCAAAUAUAGUAGACUCUUAAUUAACCAGAACUCAAGCUACUAGAACUCUCAAGCAACCAGCUGAAAAUUGAAGGAACAAUACUUUAUUUUUUUAAAGCUGUUUUUUAUGAUACAGUAAAACUGUGUUACAAUCCAUUAAGUUUGUCUUGAUUUGUCUCAAACUGCUUUUCAUUGCUGUAUUUCAAUAUUAAUAUCAAGUCUAUACAGUGUUUAUGCUAUAGUAUGGAGUAUAGUAUUGGGCCUAUUUUAAUGUUAAAUCUCAAGCAACCAGAAACUAUGUUUAUCCAGCAUCUCUAUGGGUGCCGGUUAACUGAGUCUACUGUAAUAUGAUUUUUCACGCUACUCAUUGCCUCCUUUUCCCUCCCUAUUGUGUCAUGGAUGAGUUUGGAGGUUUCUUUGGGUUUUUGUUUUGAAGCUGUUUUAAAGAAAAUUCCAUAUGAAUCGAGAGAGGAGUUCCUUGGAAAGAAAUUGGGCUGAGAGUCCCUUUAGGAGGAAGGUGACUUGAGUACAAACUAUGCAAUGUUUACUGAAUGCAAACUUCAAAAUGAGAAACGGAAGAGCGUCCUGCAACCCGUCCAGGUCUUAUUGGCAGUAUCUGUUCCAGCAAAAAAAAGGCAAACAUCACUGUUGCAUUCUAAUUUUAACAUUUCUUUUGAGUGUCCUUUGUGAACACAGGAAAACUGCUCCAUGGGUUGAUCGAGCUCAGUAUUAUAUAUCUCUAUUUUUAAGCUUUGAUCCCAUUCUUGGACUUGAUUACAGUCUUUUGAUUGUACCUUGUUGCCUGAAUUGGUUUUUCCUCCCAAUUUUUUGGGUUUGGUUUGAUCAUUUUCCAAAUGUGAUCAUACAUCUUGAGAGACAAGGAAAUGAACAUUCAUUGAGCUGAUUUAUAUGUAUUUAUAAUAUAAAUAAUAAAAAGGACAUUAUUUAA